UAGAUUUGCGAACUCUAUUUGCGUUGUUUUAAAUUGAAUUUUGUGAAUCAAUUAGAGGUGUGUUCGGUAAUUGACUUAAAUGUUUGUUUAAUGUUAUGAUUGAUAGCAUAAACUGAUUGUUUGUUUCAAUUGUUGACAAAUCGUCGAUAUCUUCGCAAAGAUGUCUCAAUCAAGUCAUUCCUCGAGUUGUGACUCACUCUUAAUCAAUACAAUUGUCGAUACAAUCAAAUCUCGCGGUAUAUUUGAUGAGUUAAGACGUGAAUGUCUUUCAGACGCCGACACAAAGCCAUCCUUUCAGAAUCUUCUGCAGAGAGUCGAGGGUUACGUUUCCAAGUUUUUAUCGCAACAAAAAUGGAGUCAAAGUCUUAAUAAAAACCAAUUAAGAGAAAGACUUCGCCGACAAUUAAAUGAGUCCGGAAUGCUUAAGUAUGGUAUCGAGCAUUUGGUCGAACAAGUCGUCAACUUUAAGAUUAAUUCAUUUUUUUGGCCUAAAAUUGAAAGCGUUGUCAAAGAAUUUUUGGGAAUUCAAGACGAAACACCAGUACCUGCUUUUAAUGGUGACUAUCCAUCAAAUAAAUUGUCAAAAAGUAAUUCAAAGAGUGAAUUAAAUGAUUUGAAAAUCGAUGUCAAGAGUCAAUUAGAGACAAUAGUAAAAGUUGAACCACAAGACAUACCGAUGGACACCGAAACCGAUUCAAAUUCGUCUACAGAUAACAACAUUAAAGUUAAAGAAGAAAAUGAUAUUCAUUCAGACAAUGCUUAUAACGAUUGGUCGACUCCACCAAUACAUGAAACCUUUAGACCACUCGCUUACUCACCCAUUGAUAACAGUAUUAAAUUAAAUACAGAUUUGAUUACCGGUAAUAAAAAUAAUGAAAAUGUUUUAACUAAAGAUUUGAAUGAUAGUGAAGUUAAUAAUGAAUUAUUUAAUGAACAAAGUAAUCAAUCGUCGGAAACAAAUCACAUGAUUGUUGAGAAAAAAGUUGAAAAAGUUAAACAAAAAGAUAUUAAAUCAGAUCUCUCUGAUGUUAGUUCCGUCCAUACGAGCGAUUUGUCAGAUUUUGACGAUGAAAUAUCAUUAGACGGUUCCAAUGAUGAACUCAGUGAUAACAAAAAGAAAAUUAGUCUUAAAGUGGCCAAACAGAUCACUGAAGUGCUAUCUAAUGAACAGCCAUUGAGUGAUAAGAAUAAUAAAUGUGAUAAUAAAACAAUUAUCGGUAAACAAUUGUCAGAUAAUAAUAUAUAUCAAACUAAUGUUAAUAAUGAGUCGAAAAGGGUUAGGAAAAUAAAUCCAAAGUAUUCCUCAAAAGAGUUUUCGUCGAUUUUUACAGAAAAGGAUAUUACUAUUGCCAGCACUUCCAGAGAUGAAAGCAACCAAAUGAAUGAUACAUUUAAUAAUAUAAAAUCAGAUAAUGAACACAGAUUUAGUUCAAGAAGGAAAAGACAUUAUAAUUCUGACAGUAAUGACAAAGAUGUUUAUGAUUUAUAUUCUCACAGAAAUUCUAAAAUAAUUAAAAGAAACGAAGAUUCGAGAUGUUCUUCCAGAGAAUCUGUUGAAAGUUCACUAUCAGAGACAACACAAGAUUCAAACCAAUCGCGAAUUAAUACAAGAAGAAGUCGUAGAAAUAGAAAUGAAUUGCAAUCGCAGUCUAAAAGAUAUGACACGACUGAUCUUUAUAAGCCUCGGUCACAGAUUUCAUCGCGAAGAAGACCACAUAUGACACCCGAAUCGAGCACUCAAUCUAAUGAUGACUUUUUUAUUCAUGAUUUAUCAAAAUAAUUACAUUUUAUAUAUAAAAUAAUUAUUUCAAAAUUGUAAAUAACAUUUAAAUAACAUUUUAAAUUGCA